CCAAGAAAAUGAGUUGCGUUGAUGCUUCUUCUUUUUUGUUGUUGGGAUGAUGAAAAGAAAAAGAGUAAGUGGAUGGAGCAUGUGCCCGGAUCGUUUGGCACCAGCGCCAGUUUCGCGUUACGUUUCGGGCAAAUCAUCUUCUCUUUCGCUUCUCUCAUCUUCAUGUGCUUGGACUACGAUUUCUAUGACUUCACUACCUUCUGCUAUUUGACGACUGUGAUGGCUUUUGUAACUCCAUGGAGCAUCUCGCUUGCACUUGCCGAUACAUACUCUGUUUUACUAAAACAACUUCCUCAUGAACCAAGACUUCUAUCCAUGGUUCUCGCCGGUGAUAUAGUACUGUCUUUUCUUUCUCUGGGUGGGGCUUGUGGUGUAGCCAGUGCAACCGAGCUGCUUUUGUCUAUGGGUGCACCCAUCUGCGGCGAUAACCUCUGUAGCCAAUACCAAGUCUCGGCUACAUUAGCCUUCUUGUGUUGGUUUCUGUUACUUGCUUCAGCUCUUUUCAAUCUUUGGAGUUUACCUUCGUUAUUAUACUGACGUGGCUUACAUAUAUAGAUAGGGAUCAUAAUAACAAUCAUAGGACAUGAAUGUACAUUUCAUUUACUCAAGAACAUGUUCCGUUCAUGUAAAGUAAAUUAUAUAUAUAAAUAAAAGUAAAUCG